GUUUUAGUUUAGUGGAAUUUUGUUUGUUGAAUCUGAAUUUUGAGUUUGAUUAUAAAUGAAAUUUUGUUUGUGCAUUACCUAAAUAGUUAAAAUUUACCAUCAACGGGCGAUAAUCUUGUUAUAAUAGCUUAGUGAUUAGUUUACAAUUUCAAGCCACUGAAACUGUGAGGUUGGUUUUUGUAUAUUAAAUUAGCUUACUGGAAUAAUGCAAUUAGUAUGUAACUGAUGUAUUGAAACUGAGACUUAUAAAACAAUGUCAAAUCCCUUUUUUAAUGCGUUUUGAAUUGAUUGAUUUUGAUUGAGUAUUACUGUUAACUUUCAUUGUAAUUAUAUGCAUCAUAUUACUUGUUUUUGUUUACUUGCUCUUUUUUCAUUCUUAUAGUUGCAAGUUAUUUAUAACAAUAGAACUUGAUGACGGCUAUUGGCUGGAUUUGUCUUGAUAUAUUCAUGUCACAUCUGCACUUGUAUUUAUGUAAAGAUUACUUAUAACCUCAAUUACAAGCUUGAAUAUUCUGUCUGCUCAAGUUUGAGCUCCAAAACACAUGCUUGAUGGCCAUCUAAUUCCACAUAAAGAGUCAAUUUAAACCCUCUAGUAGUUUCUGUUCAAUAGACAUAUUUCCCAAACUCUAACUCUAGUUUCAAACUUCAAAUUUUGGGACCAAGUCAAGUUCAUGCCUUAUAGUGUUCUGAUUUGACUCCACUUAGUUAAUUAGCCCAUGCUUUAGACUUCUGGUGUUGGAAUUUUGGACUUGCUUAUUGUAGAUUUUUGGUAUCUAGCCCAGAGAGUCCAGGUUAGAUUCCUGAGAUAAGGAUAAAAAGGAAGAUACAAGGCUAAUGUCAAUCUGCUCAUCUGAUUCGUCGUCAUCAUCCGGGUCCUCAUCGGCCAAAACAUGGAUUUUGCAUAGUAUUGUGGCUGGGGCUGCUAUUGCUGUGGCUAUUGGUGCUCGAACUUAUUUGACUAGAUCCAAAAAGUUUCGAAGCCGAGUCAUAGGCAUCAUACCUGCUCGAUUUGCUUCCUCUCGAUUUCAAGGCAAGCCUCUGGUCCAUAUCUUGGGGAAACCCAUGAUCCAGAGGACUUGGGAAAGGGCCAAACUGGCAACUACUUUGGAUAACAUAGUUGUGGCAACAGAUGAUGAAAGAAUUGCAGAAUGCUGUCGUGGAUUUGGGGCAAGUGUGAUAAUGACUUCAGAAUCUUGUCAAAAUGGUACUGAACGAUGCAAUGAAGCACUUGGAAAACUAGAAAAGAAAUACGAUGUGGUUGUCAAUAUUCAGGGAGAUGAGCCUCUCAUUGACCCUGAGAUAAUUGAUGGAAUUGUCAAAGCACUGCAGGCAUCCCCAGAUGCAGUUUUUAGCACUGCAGUAACAUCUUUAAAGCCUGAAGAUGCAUUUGACCCCAACCGAGUGAAAUGUGUGGUGGAUAAUCUAGGUUAUGCUAUCUACUUUUCAAGGGGACUUAUUCCUUACAAUAAAUCUGGGAAAGUCAAUCCAAAUUUUCCAUACUUGCUUCAUCUUGGAAUUCAGAGUUAUGAUGCAAAGUUUCUAAAGAUAUAUCCAGAGCUUCAGUCUACUCCACUGCAACUAGAAGAGGACCUAGAGCAGCUUAAAGUUCUCGAGAAUGGGUAUAAAAUGAAGGUAAUAAAGGUCGAUCACGACGCACACGGUGUUGACACUCCAGAGGACAUCGAAAAGAUUGAAACAUUGAUGCGUGAGCAGAAUGUGAUUUAGUUGACACAACUGUUUUGAUAUGUAAGUUUAUUGUAUUACUAUUAUUUAUUGGUUUAGGAGAAAUGAUGAACACUUGAGAUCUUCAACAUCAAAUCAUGAAUGUUAAGAAUUUUUAACUUUGAUUGGUUUAA